AUGAACAGCGACAACGAUGUGGAGAAGCUGCUCCGCCAAGAGCACAUCCGUCCGGAAGACCUGCUCACCGACGGCCCCAACAAUCAAAAUCAGCACAUCGAGACGGAGGACACGACGGUGGCGAACACGAAAGGAGAGUCGAGGAAGGCGAGCCAGCCGGCCAACGCUGUCCGCGUUCGGCGCCAGUUGCGUAUAGAAACUCACACGUUAGUGGCGAAACAGAGCGAAUUCGAUAGUGCCUACACUUCAGAGACAUCCACGACCUAUUCAUGCCUCUGAUAGUGCUCGGCUACGCGCUUAUCGCCUUCUGCCAGGCCGUCGUCGCCGUCGCCAUCGUCAUGUUGUGA